UGUGGAAUCCAUGAUAACAUGAGAUCACUCGGCAAGGUGAGCAUGUCCCUCCCUAUAAAUGCAAGUGCAGCUCCUUCCCCUUCCAGAGACUUUGGACGACACCAAAGGAUGGCGGCCUCGAAGCGGGUGCUGUUGCUGCUGGUUGCAGCUCUCCUGCUGCACGUGGCUGUUGCACUGAGGAUCAGCGCCUUCAACAUCAAGCAAUUUGGGGAGGCAAAGAUGGAAAAAAAGGAAGUCGCAGAUAUCAUCGUCGAAAUCCUGAAGAAGUACGACAUCAGCGUGGUGCAGGAGGUCCGGGACAGCAGACUGGUCGCCGUGAAUAAGCUCAUGGCUGAGCUCAACAGUGGACCCACAGCCUUGUACAGCUAUAUUUCAAGUGAUCCCCUGGGCUGGACCACCUACAAGGAGCGGUACCUCUUCAUCUACAGGUCGGACAAAGUCUCCGUGCUGGACAGCUACCAGAUCCUGAACCAGAGUGCCUUCAGCAGAGGACCUUUCAUCGUCAAGUUCUCCUCGCAAACCACGCAGGUGAAGGAAUUUGUGAUGGUGCCCCUGCACUCCAAGCCCGCCGAUGCGGUAAAAGAGAUCGACGCGCUCUAUGAUGUGUACACCGAUCUCACUGAAAACUCAAAUAACGACGUCCUCUUCCUGGGCGACUUCAAUGCCGGCUGCAGCUACGUGAAAGAUGCUGACUGGCCCAAAAUCCGCCUGCGCACCAAUGUAUCUUGUGACUGGCUCAUCACGGACAACGAUGAUACCACUGUAACUGCUACCUCACACUGCCCCUAUGACCGCAUCGUCGCCUGUGGCACUGUACUGCGCCAAAACAUCACGCCCAACUCUGCCAAAAUCUACAACUUUGAGUUGGCUUUUGGCCUCACUAACAAGAAGGCUUUGGAAGUCAGUGACCAUUUCCCAGUGGAGGUGACCCUGAAACCCUGAGGAGUCCGUCCUCACGCCGGUGGCUACCAGGAUGCCCCAUCAUACACCCAUGUCCCUCGUCGAGUCUGCGCUGCAGGAGCACCAGCCAAGCUGUCCGGCAUCUCUGCAAUAGCUGCUCUUUGGGGUCUUGCGGGUGUGGGAUCCUUUCUGCUUCCAUUAAAAAUGAGCAUU